UCGAGGAGGCGGACGCUGCUCUUCUCUGACGCUGAACGGCUCUGCGCGCUCAGUUCGCUCUCUCUCUCGCCGACGUGGACGAGGACGCGGCGGUGAUUCUCCAUCCUGCUGGGUCUUUUUUUUUUUACUAAAAAUAGCGUCUCUCUUGCCAACUGGCAUUUGAUUUAAUUGAUUUUUUUCUCUAGUUUUGUAGUUUUUUCCACUCUGAUUGUAAGCACAGAGCGCGGAGGAGAACCCGUUGGGAUUGGAACAGCUCUAGUUGCGCUUUGUCUGUUCUCCGACGCUCAGAAGAACGGCUCUAUUCGGUUCGGCUCUAUUGGGGGGAUGUGUUGGGGACCCGGAGGAACCAUUACUGACUAAACUCUGCGUUCUGCUGCUUGGUUGGAGGAAAAUAUUCAUCCUCUCAGAUCUAAGGCUUUGAAGCAGAAGCGGAACCUGGGGAUGAGUGGAGACCGCUGCCCUCACCCCGCUAACCCCACCGCAGAGUAGAGACAGAGAAGAGUCGUCAACGGGCCAGUGACUGAGAGGUCAGGGAGUAGGAGCGACUGUACGGUACGGAGGCUGGUGACAGGACGGUAACCAUGCCGACCGGACGAGAGGAGACGGACCUGCGGCUGGUGAGAGCUGUGCUGGUGUUAGUUGGCGUGUCCAUGCUCUACUGCGGCGCGGCGGGGGCUAGGAGUGUGGACGGCCAUGUGGAGAGGAGAGGACACAAGCACAGACACACGGCGGGUCAUCCGUCCCUCCACAGACACCGGGAGCGGGCCGGGAAGGAGGGCCAGGUGCUGCACCGCUCCAAGAGAGGCUGGGUCUGGAACCAGUUCUUCGUCAUCGAGGAGUACACCGGACCCGACCCCGUGCUCGUGGGCAGACUUCACUCGGACGUGGACUCGGGGAAGGGCAGGUGCAAGUACAUCCUGUCGGGGGAGGGCGCCGGAACCAUCUUCGUCAUCGACGACAAGACAGGCAACAUCCACGCCACCAAGACGUUGGACCGGGAGGAGCAGGCCCAGUACACGCUGACCGCCCAGGCCGUGGACCGGGAUACCAACAAGCCGCUGGAGCCGCCUUCUGAGUUCAUCGUUAAGGUGCAGGACAUCAACGACAACCCCCCGGAGUUCCUGCACAGGCCCUACUUCGCCAGGGUGCCCGAGAUGUCCAACGUGGGAACGUCGGUGAUGCAGGUGACUGCCACGGACGCUGAUGACCCCACCUAUGGCAACAGCGCCAGAUUGGUGUACAGCAUCCUGCAGGGACAGCCGUACUUCUCAGUGGAGUCACAGACAGGCAUCAUCCGCACGGCGCUGCCCAACAUGGAUCGGGAAGCCAGGCAAGAGUACGACGUGGUCAUCCAGGCCAAGGACAUGGGAGGCCACAUGGGGGGUCUCUCCGGGACCACCGAGGUCAAGAUCACCCUCACAGACGUCAACGACAACCCCCCCAAGUUCCCUCAGAGUGUGUAUACAAUGUCGGUGUUGGAGGACAAGGUGUCGGGGGAGGAGGUGGGCCGCGUGAAGGCCAAGGACCCCGACCAGGGGGAGAACGGGCUGGUCAGUUACCGGCUGACGGAAGGCGACGGCCUGGGGGUGUUCGAACUCACCACCGACUCCCAGACCAGGGAGGCCGUCAUCAAGCUGAAGAAGAUGGUGGACUAUGAGACCAAGCGGACCUACAUGUUGAGGAUAGAGGGGUCCAACCCUCAUGUUGACCCUCGAUUCACCGCUUGGGGCCCCUAUAGGGAUGAGGCCACAGUCAAGAUCAUGGUGGAGGAUGCCGAUGAGCCCCCAGUAUUUGUAGCCCCCAGCUAUAACUUUGAGGUGGAGGAGAACGCACCGGCGGGGACCCAGGUGGGGAGGGUGCAUGCCAAGGACACGGACGUAGCUAACAACCCUGUCAGGUACAUGAUUCCUCGCUAUACAGACGUGGAACAGUUUUUCAGUGUCAACUCCGAGGACGGCAUGAUUACCACCACCAGACCUCUGGACAGAGAGGCACAGGCCUGGCACAACAUCUCAGUGGCAGCCGCCGAAAUAGGAGGUCAUCACCAGGACACCAAAGUACGUGUAAACAUCCGAGUGAAAGAUGUGAAUGACAACGCUCCAGAAUUUGCAACAAACAACGAAAUCCUCAUGUGUGAAGCCAUCACACCAGGAAAAGUUAUAGAGACAGUCAGUGCGGUGGACAAAGACGAGAUGGCCCACAGGCAGCAUUUCACAUUCAGUCUCGCUCCUGAAAUUGCCCACAAUCACAACUUCUCCCUGAAAGACAACAGAGACAGCACCGCUAGCGUCCACGUGCUGCGCAAGGGCUUCAGCCGGCUCACCCAGGACGUGUACUUCCUGCCCGUGGAGAUCAGCGACAAUGGCCUGCCGUCACUGAGCAGCACCCAGACGCUGACCGUGCGCGUGUGCUCGUGCGACAGCAGGGACACCAUCCUCUCCUGCAACGUGGAGCCCUACGUGCUACCUGCCGGCCUGAGCACCGGCGCGCUCAUCGCCAUCCUUGCCUGCAUCGUCAUCCUGCUAGCAAUAGUGGUGUUAUUUGUUGCCCUGAGGCGGCAGAAGAAGGAGCCACUGAUCCUCUUUGAGGAGGAGGACAUAAGGGAGAACAUCAUCACCUACGACGACGAGGGCGGCGGCGAGGAAGACACGGAGGCCUUCGACAUCGCAACGCUGCAGAACCCUGACGGGGCCAACAGUUUCCUGCCCAGGAAGGACAUGAAGCCGGAGCUGCAGGGGGCCCUGAGGCCCGGGCCGGGCAGCACGAGGGGCCACAGUGUGGACGUGGACGACUUCAUCAAGUCCCGCAUCGCGGAGGCAGACAGCGACCCCACGGCACCGCCCUACGACUCCAUCCAGAUCUACGGCUAUGAGGGCCGGGACUCAGUGGCCGGCUCGCUCAGCUCCCUGGAGUCCGUCACCACCGAAUCAGACCUGGACUAUGACUAUCUGCAGAGCUGGGGGCCCCGCUUCAAGAGGCUGGCCGAUCUAUACGGGACCAAAGACUACCCCAUGAACGAUACGGACGACGGGGAAGACUCUUAACCACCGUCCGAAUGAGCCCCCAGCCCUCCAGUACAAGGAGGAUGUGAUUAGGCCAGCCAAUGCUCUGUGGUCAGAUUGAAGACAGAAUCGCUGACCAACAUUAAUCCCGCCCAAGUCUCUUCUUUGUAUAAUGUAUUAAUAAUUACGUAUCAGAGCCCAAUUUUCCCAGAAUCCCUCACCUACUUCUAUCUAUCUAUCUAUCUAUCUAUCUCUCUAUCUCUCUAUCUCUCUCUCUCUCUCUCUCUCUCUCUCUCUCUCUCUCUCUCUCCAAAGACAUAAGCAAUGUAGUUCUUGGGCAGUUUUGUUAGUUUUCGCAAUCUGUCUCGUUGUACAUCCAAACAGUUCUGCUGUGGAUGAAGACGCUGUGCUUACUGACUCUGUCUUCAACUCACUAGACACUCUGUAUGCGCUCUGGGGACUAGACUGGAGCUAGUAGGUUGUAUUAUAUCCCGAAAGUGUCACAAAGUGAUUGGAUGUAAUGAAUACAGAGAGCCUAAGAAAUGAAGAAAGACUUUAUCCAGCUGGCUCCUCAUUUGAAACUCUUUUGAAGCAGCAAUCACAGGAUGUUGAUGAAGAAGGAAAAUAAGUCCUUGGUGGGAAACCGGAGGUCAAAGAGAAAGGCUAUUAAAACGGAAUAGCAUUUCUUCACUUUUGUUGCCAUGUGUAGGUCAGCAGGUGACAUGGUUUAGUUUGACAAUGAGUUAGAGUCAGUCUAUGUUGACAAUAGCCUACUGUGAAGAUGCUCACAGAAAAGGUAUUAUAGUCAUGGUGGCCUUAUACUAAAACGCAACAAAUCCAGGCUAAACAAUACGGUAAAGAAGAGCAAGCUAGCUAAGCAUUUCAGCAUUUCUAGCUAACCUCUGUAGCAUCUCCCACGGACUGAAAUUAAGUCUGUGGAUAAGGCUACUACUAAUACAUUUUAUACUCUAACCUAAAUGGAAUUCAACUUGGACUCAAAAAGAAGAGAAAACUUCUGUUCUGAAUACUCUCCCCAUCACCAUUCCAGAGAAGAGGAAAGAUUUGUGGCUCCACCUUCCACUGCCCAUUAUGUCUGAACCACCAAUCAGUGGUCACGUCCUCGCACGAAUAUCCACCAAUGAAUGAUCCCUUCCUGGUUUCUAAUUCUACCAUUCGAGUAAAACCUGUGAGCUCUAAAAAGCCUUAAACUUAAUACACUCUUGCAGCGCAGUGCAUUCUCUCUUUUUCUCAUUUUUUUAUUUUUUAACUUGAAAAGUAUAUCAGAGAGUGAGCUCCAUGUUGGGUAUGUGCAGAGAAUGUGCAGACAUGUGAUCUCUUGUGGAUCUGACCUGAUUCUGAGGAGCUGUAGUGCAUGCCAUUCUCCAUCCCUUGGUGAAUGUAGCCUGGAAUAAUACACAUACCGUGCAGUUCAUAAAACUGUGGCUGUUUCUCUGGCUGCAUCUGUUGUAUCAACAUGUGCGCUGUUUGAAAGCUGAAAUGUGAGGUGUUCAAAGAAAAGAACACAAUGUGUGUUGUUCCCUGCUCAUUCACAGAGCAUUUAGUCACAAAUACUCACCUUUUAAUGUUUUUAUUUUUUAUUAUGAUUGUUAUAAUUGUAUUAUUAUUAAGAUUCAUUUUGUUUUUAUUAUUAUUAUAAUUAUUAUGAUGAUUAUUAUUAUGACAAUGAUGCCAAUUUUGUUCUGUCUUUUGCUGCCGUUCCACAAGAACAGGUGGAUAUAGUGUCAUCAUUCUGGCUUCUUUUUAAGGCUAAACAAGUAUGUCUCCAUCAGAGUUUAGUUUGUCUGCAGAUAAUUGUCAUUCCGCUAUAAAUUAUAGGAAUCCACAUUGUUUUCUCUCCGCUUGGAUAAACCUGAAGUCCAAUCUGCUCCGCCCAAAAGGUACAUGGCAGAUCUGUCGGUCUUUAGCGUGAAUCCAACUUCUAUAUCAUUUCUUGCUUUAUUAUUUUACUUUUUAUGUUUAUUUCUAGGCAUUUUUUUGUUAUUCCUCCCUGGCUGAGAGUAAAACAAGCGAAAAAUGUGUUUGUCGCGGUGAGAGAGCGCCUCAUUUUGAUCCUCUGUCGAGUUUUAUGGUACCAAUUUGUAAAAUCUUAAAAGUUCUUAUUUUAGUAUACAUGCAGAAUAUUCCAGUAUUACAACAAAGAACAUGUUAAGAUACGAUUUAAAGAUAAUGUUACAGCGUCACACUUAUAUUUUCUGAACAUUGUACUGUUGCUUUACUAUGUGCUUCAAUCUCCGAAGCAAAAAAAAAACAACUUUGAAAUAAAUGCUCUUUUUAUAAAAUGA